UUCCAAUUUAUAUCUCUUUAUAGUUUUAUACAUAUAUGGAUAUCCUUGAGACUUUGGGCUUGGAAGAGCAUCUCAGUCUCUACGCAUCUAAAAGAUGAUUAUAAUCUGAAACACAACAACAAUUUCUUCUUUUGGCUCUCUUUGACUACUUUUAUCUUUUUUGUAUUCUGCUUUUUUCGGAAACUAAAGAAAAAAAUGGGCCAAAAGAUUCACGCUUUUAUGUUCCCCUGGUUUGCUUUUGGUCAUAUGACUCCGUACUUGCAUCUAGGCAACAAGUUAGCCGAGAAAGGUCAUAGGGUUACUUUCUUGCUACCUAAGAAAGCUCAGAAACAAUUGGAACAUCAGAAUCUAUUUCCACACGGUAUCGUCUUUCAUCCUCUUGUUAUUCCUCAUGUUGAUGGCCUCCCUGCUGGUGCCGAGACAGCCUCGGAUAUCCCCAUCUCGUUGGUGAAGUUCUUGUCUAUAGCCAUGGAUCUUACACGCGAUCAGAUCGAAGCCGCGAUUGGUGCCUUGAGACCGGACCUAAUCUUGUUCGAUUUAGCUCACUGGGUUCCGGAAAUGGCUAAAGCGCUUAAAGUCAAGAGUAUGUUGUAUAACGUGAUGUCAGCUACCUCUAUAGCUCACGACCUUGUCCCAGGUGGUGAACUUGGAGUUGCUCCACCUGGUUAUCCUUCAUCAAAGGCGUUGUACCGCGAACACGAUGCUCACGCCUUGUUAACCUUCUCCGGCUUCUACAAGAGGUUUUAUCACCGGUUCACCACAGGUCUUAUGAAUUGCGAUUUCAUUUCGAUUCGGACAUGUGAAGAAAUCGAAGGUAAAUUUUGUGACUAUAUUGAGAGUCAAUACAAGAAGAAGGUUCUUUUAACCGGUCCAAUGCUUCCCGAGCCUGACAAGAGUAAACCACUUGAAGAUCAAUGGAGUCAUUGGCUGAGUGGGUUUGGACAAGGCUCUGUAGUGUUCUGUGCAUUGGGAAGUCAAACCAUUCUAGAGAAAAACCAAUUCCAAGAACUCUGUUUAGGAAUAGAGCUUACGGGUUUACCAUUUCUUGUCGCGGUUAAGCCACCAAAAGGCGCAAACACAAUUCAUGAAGCGUUACCAGAAGGGUUCGAGGAAAGGGUGAAGGGUCGUGGAAUAGUUUGGGGAGAAUGGGUGCAGCAACCAUCCUGGCAACCAUUGAUAUUGGCUCAUCCAUCAGUAGGUUGCUUUGUGAGCCAUUGCGGAUUCGGGUCAAUGUGGGAAUCUUUAAUGAGUGAUUGUCAAAUAGUCUUUAUUCCAGUUUUGAAUGAUCAAGUUCUCACCACGAGAGUAAUGACGGAGGAACUCGAGGUCUCCGUUGAGGUACAGAGAGAAGAAACAGGAUGGUUCUCAAAAGAAAACUUGAGUGGUGCAAUCAUGUCUUUGAUGGACCAAGACAGCGAGAUAGGGAACCAAGUGAGGAGGAACCAUUCUAAAUUGAAGGAGACUUUGGCUAGUCCUGGAUUAUUAACCGGUUACACCGAUAAAUUUGUUGACACUUUGGAGAAUCUAGUCAACGAACAAGGAUACAUAUCUUGAAUGAAAUCCUUUACUACGAAAGAAGUACGUUGCAGCUGUUUCUAAUAAGUCAUAUAGUCAAUGAUAUAUAUUGUAUUAUUGUAACUCAGACAAUUUUUCUUAUAAGUACAAAAAACAACUUUGCUCAA